AUGCGCGGCUCGAACGGAUAUCCGCCACGUGGAGGAUACGGUAGUGGCGGAGGUCACGGACAAAUGGUCAUCAACAUGAAAACGACGGUGACGACGAGCGGCGGACAGCACAACGGACUCGUCGUGCACAGCGCCGUUCAGUCGGCCGCCGCGCCGAGUACAAGCGGCAGUCAUGGUGAGUGAAUGAGCGAUAGUAUGAAGUUGGCAGAAGUUCUCUUGAUCAGAGACCUCGACAGUGCAUAGAAAAAAAGACCCACGCUUAAGGAUGUAGCCUUUGAGCGAUCGAAAUGAAAUUCGAUGAGAAUCAGUGCAAAUCAUCAUAUUAGAAAUGUAACGACGAGGUAACUAGUGAGGCUAUUACUGCAAAGAGCAAAAAAGAACGUAAUUCUAAGGACCAUUUGCACCAAAUCUCAUAGUCAAUUUGAAGAUAUUUCAAGUUUAAAACCAUUCCGAAUGGACAUCCAUCUGCUCUUGCUUACAAAUUACUAGGGUAAUCCAAGUUUGAGUUGAAACUUCAGUACCUAGCAUUACGAACCUAUAACAUCAGCCAUUACAGGUUCCUGGAUGUCUCCUUACCCGGAAUCGCCCUCCAGACGCCUCGACGAUCGGUUAGACAUGAUCAGAUCCAACACAUCCCUCCAUGUAAGUCACUUUUUGUGCCCAGCUCUGGCAGCUUCCAACUUCCAGAGGUCUUCUCCGCUUCCAAUUCAAAUGGUACCCAGUACAUCACGCGAAACAUUGGUCUCGGUCGGACGAGAGAAACGCGACACGAGCGGGUCUCGAGUGGAAUUCCAGACGCCGACGAGGCCGCCGUCUCCGCCGCCCUCUCCGAUCUACUCCUUCAAGGUACCGUACUCUCUCUCUCUCUCUCUCUCUCUCUCUCUCUCUCUCUCUCUCUCUCUCUCUCUCUCUCUCCCUCUCCACCACCUUCAUUUCUGAACAUUUCAGGGCCGUGACUCACCGCCCGACGAGUUCAUUCAGCCGACGAAGCUGGUGCUAAACGUCUUCCGCCCGGUGAGUCAUUUUAUUUCAUUCCCUAUUUGAAUUCGAAUCCAACUGUCAAAUGGUUGUUGGUCACAAUCACUUGGAGGACGAAACAGAGCGCAUCUCUGUCAAUAUUUGCCGCGAAUGUAUCUAGAGGUUUUUGGAACUUUGCCCCUGUGAGGUGCCAAGUCAACACGGUGGCAAUUCGAUACUUUUGGGCGAGGCGAGGCGGCGAGUACGUGUAUAUAAAUAUGACACCCAACACGGGCGGACACAAACAUCACUUGGCUCUUUCUUCUUUUUUGUGAGCAAUGAUUUCCUCGACUAGAUACUAUUUUAAGCACAGUUUGAUUGAAGAGACGGUAAGAUUCUUCAUUGAAAAUUAACAGCGAAACUACAUAUACCAUUGCAUAGAGCGGCAAAAAUUCAAUUAGGUUUCAGUAGAUUAUUUUUCUAAAAAAUCAUAUUUUUAAUGACCAAAUCGUGUGUUCCAGAAACAUGAAGAACCCGCGUGGCAAACCCCGAUAUCCCGAUCGCAAGUCUCUUACGAUGCCUCGUCCGGCGGCAUCCAAUUGUCGAAAAAGAACGCGCUCCUCAACGACGCGGUCACCACAACCACUACGGUCGAGGUGUUCCGAGCGCCCAUGGACCCCGACAACCCGAUGAUCUCCCUGACGCCGUCCCCGUACGGCGGAGCCCCUUUGCUCGUCCGAGCCCACGGACCGGCCCACGAAUUGUGGAACGAUCGAAGGACGCACUCGCUUAUGCCGUCCGAAGAAGGCGGCAUUCUGAGGGAGGCGCCGAAGGGAGUGCAGUGGAAGGAGCGGUUGAUCGAGGAGAGCGAUCGGAGGUACCGGGACGACAAUAGCGGGUACGAUGAGAUCGCGCCCGUUCCCGAGCCCAACUACAUCCACCACGACUACCGACCCAAUCCAUUUCUCAACUCUUUUCAACCGGUCACCCAUCCGAUGAUCAUGAGCAAUUCCAGAGAAGAUUUGAGGUUGGUUUAUAAAGUGUAACCCGAUCCAUUCAUUUCCUUUUCCCUUUCCAGGUCCCAACCGCCGCCGUAUCCUGCUCCACUCAGUCCUCUUUACAUCGUGCCGGAUCGACAGAGAGCCGCCGCUCACUCGGCUUCUCCGGGUCAAUGGUCCCGAAGGAGCAAUGGGUAUUUGGAGGAGCGGAGGGAGAAUGAGCAGAAUAAUCAUAGGGAAAGGUAGGUCGCGGAUUUGAAAAACUGUAUUAAGUGCUUAUUGGCUACAGCGCUUCUUUAUUAUUGCGUUAGAAUAGGUAUUGAUUAGUAAGCCCCAAGAUUUCUCGGCUUAAGCCCGAUAACGUAAGAGUUUAAGUUAAGAGUCCGCGCAACUUUUCCUCAACUACAAAAUCAAAGUUGCGUAAAAUUUGCGGUCUUUCACCUUUCACUUGCAGAUACCACCGCCGCUCGAAGUCCUCUUCGCGGCCCGACGACUCUUCCGCUUCGCACCGCUCGCUCCGUCACCGCAGCAUGUCGCCGUCUUCCCGCCGCUCGGCCCAGUUCGGCGGAUCGCAAGAGUUCGUACUGCCCGCGCACUCGCCGAUCGGCAGCACUCUGAUGCUGGCGAGCCCCGAUCCGAACGAGCUGCCGGGGCGGCCGGCGAGUGCGAGGAGCCAGGAGAUAUUCGCAUUGUACCAGACUAGAGACGCCCAUAACCGCAUCGUCGAUCAGUUGUGA